AUGAAUUCAGGAAUAAGCCCAGUCAUCUUCCGUCGUUUUGUUCAUGUCAAAACACCCGAUUCUUUUCACUUGAUCAUAACUAUACUACAAAAUACAAAAAUUGAAUUAAAUAUUAAUAUGUUGUACGCACGGCUUUGGGUAGUUUUUGGUGGUAUCUUGAUUUUGGCAUCCGCUGCUUUGUACAUGGCAAGUGCUAUUCUACCCUCAUGGGGUGUAAGCCAAGAGAACAAUAGAAGUUAUGGCUUAUGGAAAUAUUGUAUACGAGAAGAUUGUUGGAAAAUUCCUCUCUCGUGUUCGAGUUUAUCGGCUGAUUCUCUUCAAAAAUGCAUGAAUUUGAUCAUUGUGCGAAUGUUUCUUAUUUUAUCAUGUAUAUUCUCUGGUAUAGCUGCAUUGAUUAUAAUCAAGGUCAUACUCAAAGGAGGAAAUCCGAAAACAGUAGACGGACUUAGAAUGCUAUCUAGUGCGUCUUUUACAUUUAGUAUUAUUGCUUUUCCGAUCGGUAUAAAAUGGACAUUAGAUCAUCCAUCUACAAAGCUAAGUACAGCUGCGAUUUUGGCUAUAGUUGGCAACGGUGUCAACUUCAUUGGUGCUUUGAUUAUUUUCAUAACACGUAAACCGAACAUUGCACCCAGCGAUUCGACUGUUGGUGUUGUGAGUGGUGAAUAA